CGGGAGUGGGAAGGCCCCGCGGCUGCGACCCAUCCUACAAAAGAGGAUUUUCUGGACUGAGAAACCCGCCGCGUGCUGUGGCCGGGGAUGGCUCUGCGGCCGCCAGGUGAGGCCGGAGCCCUGGACAAAGUGUGCUACCCGCCCGACAGGCUCCAGAGCAGCCCUCAACACCUGGCCGCCUACUACACGCCUUUCCCGCGCUGUGGCCCCUACGGGAGCACCCUAACCGCUGCGGAGGAGGGUUUCCGACCUUUCCGGCCGCUGGAGGCCUUGUCUGCGUCCCCGGCUGUGCCCCCCUUAGCCUUCCGGCCCGCGCCUCCCUUGCUGAGCCCCGGCCUGGCCCUGCAGAGGGAGCCGCUUUACGACCUGCCCUGGUACAGCAAGCUGCCGACGUGGUACCCCAUUCCCCACCUGCCCGGCGAGGUGCCGCACUUCCUGAACAGCGGUCCCGAGUUUACGGGCGCCACCAGUGAAGACUUGGGCCACAUUGGCUGCCGUAGCGACAGUGGCCAAUGCUGGGGACUUGAAAGUUUAAUUCCGCCGCCCCCUGCGGAUGCUUCCCUGUUGCCUGAGAGGCCGAAGACCUCCCAGCUGUUAUCUUGCUCUCGCAGCGAGCUCUCUGAGGAUGGCCCCAAACUCGUGAACCAAGAGGGGAAGGCAUCUCACCGUUACCACUUCAGCCUGGAAGACCUGGACUUAGUUCUAUACGGAGUCAUUCCCAGCCCUCAGCCCUCAGCCCUCCUGCACCAUGCGAUUUCGGGCCUCCUGGUCCCCGCAGACAGCUCUGGGUCUGAUUCUCUUCCUCAGACUCUGGAUAGCGACUCCCUUCAGCUGCCAGAAGGUCUCUGCCUCCAGCAGACCGUGUUUGGUGAAGUCGCACACUUCGGUGUGUUCUGCAGUAGCCUGGUUGCCAAAGGAGUCAGGUUUGGGCCCUUUCAGGGCAAAGUGGUCAACGCCAGCGAGGUCAAGACGGAUGGAGACAAUUCUCUGAUGUGGGAGAUCUUUGAAGAUGGUCAUUUGAGCCACUUUAUUGAUGGAAAAGGAGGUGCGGGGAACUGGAUGUCCUACGUCAACUGUGCCCGUUUCCCCACAGAGCAGAACCUAGUGGCAGUGCAGUGUCAAGGACAGAUAUUUUACGAAAGCUGCAGGGAGAUCCACCAGAACCAAGAGCUCUUGGUGUGGUACGGAGACUGCUACGAGAAGUUUCUGGACAUUCCUGUGAGUCUGCAGGUCAUAAAGGAGGGGAUGCAGGCGUCCGAGCCCUCUGAAGAGUCUACGGAAGGUUACAGAUGUGAGCGGUGUGACAGAGUAUUUACCUACAAGUAUUACAGAGACAAGCACGUCAAGUACACCCCGUGCGUGGACAAGGGUGACAGGAAAUUUCCCUGUUCCUUGUGCAACCGAUCCUUUGAGAAGAGAGACCGGCUCCGGGUCCACAUCCUUCAUGUUCAUGAGAAGCACCGGCCUCACAAGUGUUCUACGUGUGGGAAAUGUUUCUCUCAAUCUUCAAGCCUAAACAAACACGUAAGAGUCCAUUCUGGAGACAGACCCUACCAGUGUGUGUAUUGUACAAAGAAGUUUUCUGCCUCCAGUAUACUCCGCACACACAUCAGGCAGCACUCCGGGGAGAAGCCCUUCAAGUGCAAGUACUGUGGCAAGCCUUUCGCGUCCCAUGCUGCCCACGACAGCCACGUCCGACGCUCACACAGGGAGGAUGACUGCUUCUGUGGCAUCUGUGGGAAAACCUUCGCAGAUCAAGACGCCUUCUACUCCCACGUGAGGUUUCAUGAAGACUGCUAGCCCUCUGAGAGUUUGAGGACAAUGUCUUU